AGUAGCGUCUCUAUUUUAUCAUCCUCGUUGUGACAAUUCUGUCCUAGCCUACUGAUACUAAUAGCAAUUUCUCUGUUUUUUUUCUGCAUGUCUUCCCCGUAUCUUCGUCAAUGUCGCUUCUAUCUUUGCUCGCACACUUCGACUCUAUAGCAAGAUGUUCAUCGGUGGUCUCAAUUGGGAUACAACAGAUGAAUCUCUCCGUAAUUACUUUUCGCAGUUCGGAAAAGUCGACGCUUGCACAAUUAUGCGCGAUGCGGGCGGAAGGUCGAGAUGUUUUGCCUUCCUUACCUUUGAAGAUCCUGCGAGUGUGAACGCCGUUAUGGUCAAGGAGCAUUUCCUUGACGGCAAAGCAAUUGACCCUAAGCGAGCUAUCCCUCGGCAAGAGCACCAGCGUGCCACGAAGCUCUUCAUAGGUGGUCUUGCAGGCAGUGUGACCUCUGAGUCCAUGCGCGAAUUUUUUUCACAGUUUGGAAAAGUCAUUGAUUCGACGGUCAUGUUGGACCGGGAGACAGGCAGAAGCAAAGGGUUUGGCUUCAUCUCCUUUGAAGAUACCAACGUCCAGCCAUUCCUGGGUUUCGGUAACCUCGAGAUUGAUGGUAAAUUGAUCGACGUAAAGCUCGCUCAACCGAGGUACCAGCGAGAUAACUACAGCGAAGAUAACCAAGCCGGUGGAGACUAUACCGCGGCUGCCGUUGGUCGAGGCGCUGGUGCCGUCGCCACACAGGGUAACUUCAGUAACCCUAUGGCUGCCACCGGAGCUGGAAAUACGCCUUUCGACCCCCAAGCUUUAGCUCAGCUAUACACACGCAUGUUCCAGAUGACUGGAGGUGGCGCAAUGAAUCCGAUGAUGGCUGGUAUGAACCCGAUGAUGGCUGGUAUGGCCAACACGGGCUUUGGAGGACCUGGAAACAUGAGGGGGAUGGGUAAUAUGGGCGCUAUGGGCAUGGGUAUGGGUACUGGAGGAAUGGGUAUGGGCAGGGGAGGUAUGAUGCAGGGCACCGGUGCGACCAACAUGAACCCGAAUAUUCCAAGGGGUCCCCGUGGAGGUCCUGGUGGUCCUGGAGUUGGUCCCCAGAGAGCGGCGCAACGGGGCCAGCACAAUUAUCACCCCUAUGCACGGUGAACGGGCUCACUUUCAAAAUAUUUUUGAACUGUCCCGUCGGUGGUCUUUUCGGACGAUGUGUAUAGUUCUUACUUUUUUUCUUUACUUAUCUUUUUCGUCUACUGUACUUUGUACAAC